CUGAGUGCGUGCGCGCGCACGUGGGGCCGGGGCAGAGGGAGGCGAGCGCCGAGAGAAGCGAUCGCCGGGCGGUGGGAAUGGGUGAAUUUAAGGUCCAUCGAGUACGGUUCUUUAAUUACAUUCCUUCAGGGAUCCGCUGCGUGGCGUACAAUAACCAGUCAAACAGACUGGCUGUUUCUCGGACAGAUGGCACUGUGGAAAUUUAUAACUUGUCAGCAAACUACUUUCAGGAGAAAUUUUUCCCAGGUCAUGAAUCUCGAUCUACAGAAGCUCUGUGUUGGGCAGAAGGACAGCGACUCUUCAGUGCUGGACUCAAUGGCGAGAUCAUCGAGUAUGACUUACAGGCAUUAAACAUCAAGUAUGCUGUGGAUGCCUUCGGAGGACCUAUUUGGAGCAUGACCGCCAGCCCCAGUGGCUCUCAACUUCUGGUUGGCUGUGAAGAUGGAUCUGUGAAACUAUUUCAAAUCACCCCAGAAAAAAUUGAAUUUGAAAGAAAUUUUGAUCGGCAGAAAAGUCGUAUCCUGUGUCUCAGCUGGCAUCCCUCUGGUACCCACAUUGCAGCUGGCUCCAUAGACUACAUUAGUGUGUUUGAUGUCAAAUCAGGAAGCGCUAUUCACAAGAUGAUGGUGGAUAGGCAGUACAUGGGCGUGUCCAAGCGGAAGUGUAUCGUGUGGGGUGUGGCCUUCCUGUCCGAUGGCACUGUCAUAAGUGUAGACUCUGCCGGUAAAGUGCAGUUCUGGGACUCUGCCACUGGGACCUUGGCGAAGAGCCAUCUCAUCGCAAACGCUGACGUGCAGUCCAUUGCCGUGGCCGAGCAAGAAGACAGUUUUGUGGUGGGCACUGCUGAGGGGACAGUGUUCCAUUUUCAGCUGGUCCCUGUGGCCUCCAGCAGCACUGAGAAGCAGUGGGUACGGACAAAGCCCUUCCAGCAUCACACGCACGACGUGCGCACUGUGGCUCACAGCCCGACGGCCCUGAUUUCUGGAGGCACUGACACCCACUUAGUCAUCCGUCCUCUCAUGGAGAAGGUGGAGGUAAAAAAUUAUGAUGCUGCUCUCCGAAAAAUCACCUUUCCCCAUCGACGUCUCAUUUCCUGUUCUAAAAAGAGGCAGCUUCUCCUCUUCCAGUUUGCUCAUCACUUAGAACUUUGGCGCCUGGGAUCCACAGUUGCAACAGGCAAGAAUGGGGAUACUCUUCCACUCUCUAAAAAUGCGGAACAUUUACUGCACCUCAAGACAAAGGGUCCUGAGAACAUCAUUUGCAGCUGUAUCUCCCCAUGCGGAAGUUGGAUAGCCUGUUCCACAGCUUCCCGGUUCUUUCUCUAUCGGUUGACUUACCAGUAUGACAACUUAAGCCUCAAAAGGGUUUCCAAAAUGCCAGCGUUCCUUCGCUCUGCCGUUCAGAUUUUGUUUUCUGAAGAUUCAGCAAAGCUUUUCGUGGCAUCAAACCAAGGGUCUCUGCAUGUGGGUCAGCUGCUGGAAGGGAGGUUCAGGCACUUGCACACGUUCCAGCCUCAGUCAGGGACGGUGGAGGCCAUGUGUCUUUUGGCAGUCAGUCCGGAUGGGAAUUGGCUCGCUGCAUCAGGCACCAGUGCUGGAGUGCAUGUCUACAGUGUGAAGCAUCUAAAGCUUCAUUGCACGGUUCCUGCAUACAAUUUUCCAGUGACUGCCAUGGCCAUUGCCCCCAAUACCAACAACCUUGUCAUUGCUCAUUCUGACCAGCAGGUAUUCGAGUACAGCAUCCCAGGCAAACAGUAUACAGAGUGGAGCCGGACUGUCCAGAAGCAGGGCUUUCACCACCUUUGGCUCCAAAGGGAUACUCCCAUUACACACAUCAGUUUUCAUCCCAAGAGGCCAAUGCACAUCCUCCUCCAUGAUGCCUACAUGUUCUGUAUCAUUGACAAGUCCUUGCCUCUUCCAAAUGACAAAACCUUGCUCUACAAUCCACUUCCUCCCACGAGUGAAUCAGAUGUCGUCCGGAGACGCACAGCCCAUGCCUUCAAAAUUUCUAAGAUAUACAAGCCUCUGCUCUUCAUGGAUCUUCUGGAUGAAGGAACACUCGUGGCAGUCGAGCGGCCCCUGGACGACAUCAUCGCUCAGCUCCCACCACCCAUCAAAAAGAAGAAAUUUGGAACCUAAAAGAGAGCCCUCUCUUGUGUCCUUCCUUGAACUGUCUGCCCUGUUUGUUAUCACAAAUCAUGCUAAUAAAACAAAGUUAUUCUUUAGGACUAGUCAUUAUA